AUGGGUGCUUUUGCCUUAUAUAUACCAGUUUAUGGCAAGCAACUUGGUGUUUCACCAUUAAUUAUGGGUAGCAUUCAGGCGAUUUUGCCUAUUGUAAGUUUGAUUGGUAAAUUAAUACUUGGCUACGCCGCUGAUUAUUUUCUCGUCUGGAGAAAAACGAUAUUUAUGGUAUUGUUCGCCGUAACAGCUGUAUGUUUUUGUUUGAUGUAUUUUUUACCGGCUCUGCCCGGUCCAAUACUUCCGGACCACGAGUUUCAAAACGUCUCUUGUGAAUUUUUAUUAGCUUGUGACAAGAACCAACAUACCUCGGAAGUGGCAUUAUGUAACGGUACGAAAGACACAACAUGCCAUUGGAUAUGUAAGGAUAUGAAUUUCUCCACGGAAUUAUCUUUUCAUGCAGCUAAAAAUGAGGAAGCAAUCAUCUCGACAGAUACUGCAU